CUAGUCUCAAUCUGCAUUUGAAACUUUAUAUAUUCGAUCAAGUACCUACAGACUAGAAUAAUGUGCAUACUUAGAUAAGAUUUAAUGCCUGGAAUUUUUCAUGACAAAACGGUUAAGAUCCAUGACGCUUGACCAUAAUGGCUGGACUAUUCUUACAACAACAUUACCUUCCGUUUAACGUGGCAUUGUUUGCUGAAAAUGAGAAAUUUCAAGCAUCAAGAGCAGAAUCACUUGCAACUCAGUGGUUCAAAAAUGGAAAAUUUGAAGAGCCGAGUAGUAAGGGAAAAAUUUUGGGAUUUAGCGAUCUGAUCAAGUCCAUGAAAAGUGAGAAUGGAAACGCAACAGUCCAGGAAGUUCAGGAUCUUCUCAGUGCUUCAAAAAUUCUGAGCAUAAAAUGGAAGAGUAAUUGUUGCAUUUGCGUCGUGCUGGCGGAUGGGACAAUCGUAUAUAUUCAUAUAAAGAACAUUCACACCAAUGAAUUUUAUUUUGUGGUGGAUAAGUUUUUCCGUUUUCCUGAAUCAGCAUUGAGUGUUGCAUACAGCAAUAAGCAUGUUUUAUUUAUGUUUUCCGAAAACCGACUUCUCCUUUUAAGGAAAGAGCGAGGAGGAGCCGAAAAAGGAGAGAAAUCAGAGUUAAUUCACCCGGAAGUAAGCGUCAGUAAUUAUCAUGACCUACUCCCUAAUUUGGUAUCAAAGAAAAUUGAAAAGAAAAUUACAAUUAAUGGAAAGUCGGACUUGUUAAUGGUGUGGUGGUCUGGAUCUAAGGAGGAUAUUUUUCCGUGGAGCCCAAAACCAGAACAAAAAGCCAAUAUUUUCAUAUAUUCUCUUGACGAGAAUGACCCAACGCUGAUCUCGUAUCUUAAGACGGACAACAAUUUAUUGGAAUGCUGCUUUAUUCCUGGAAAUUAUAACCACAUUUGCACAUUGGAGUUAACGUACGAUACUCAGGCAAACAUACUUGUGAAUGAAGUUAUCCAUGAAAUUACUCGAGGAAAACUGACAUCCAUUUGCGAAACUGCAAUACCGCUCCAAAGUGAGCUGAAAUGUUACGCAUACGAUGAAAGGUGUCGAAAGUUGGCAUUGGGCUGUUGUGAUGGGUCUCUGGUAAUUUAUACUCAGGACGGAAAGGUCACUCAUUUUACAAAGGCAUCAUUUAUUCCAUGUUCUGUUUCAUGGCACAAUGACGCGUUUUUAGUCUUCGUGUCUGGAGACAGAGGACAGUUUCAAAUUUUUGACAUCGCAUUGAGUCCACUCUUACUUUUGGACAAUUUUGAAACGUCCCCAUCUCUGACCAAGGAACUUGUGCCGCCCACCAUAAUUGAUAAACUUUGUUGGUCUCCUCUGGUCUCUUCUGCUUCUUCUGACAGCACCCUACUUAUCCGAUUUGAAACAGGUGUGAUGGUGUUUCUGAGGCUGGCGAUAGGACGGGUGAAAUUGACCCAGCUGUGCAACUUUCAUCUGACCAAUGAUCACUUCCGAGAGGCUGUAAAAGUGUUACGAAGCGUUUCUUGGACCUCUGACGAAUCUCUUUACGCAACAUAUCAAAUUUUCACUUUUCUCAUGCAGCAGAAACAUUCGGAAGAUGUUGAGUAUAACUUGGAACAUUUGCUUGCAACCUACUUUGCACCAUCCACGCCCAUUGAUGAAGUCCUUCGAAAAAAACAUUCCAAAUCAAUGAGGAUUCUUGCGCGGAAAUUUUUCAUGUGGCUUACGCGAGAAAAGAAAUACCCACGUGCAUUUCAGAUCGCCACAAGUCUCGGAGAAGAAGGCCUAUUAAGAAAAUUGUAUCUCAUUACUCUUGCUCAUGGCGAGGUAGCAUUGGCAUCAGAGAUUAACAAGAAAAUUCAACCCCUCUCAGUAUCCUCCAGUGAUAGUCGAUCCUCCAGCGAUUCAGGUAGUCAAUCUCGAUCAUCCUACUCAACGUCCUCAGAAUCCAGUGAUAUUGACGACAAUGGCCCUCUCAGCCCAGUUUCCGUUACUAUUCCUAGACCAGAACUAUUUGUCUUAGAACCUCCUUCACCAUAUCGCAAUCCUACGGAUUUUACGGUUCCGGUAGAAACGCCGACACCAAAACAUUUUUACUUUGGAGAAAGAGCAUCUAGUACAAGCUCAUCUGUCGCGGAAAAUGCUUUAAUUAGCGAAACAGGCAAUAUUGAUGCUGCUUCUGUUUCGUCAUCAUCUUCAACGAUAGAGGUUAUUAACUUUGGACCGGUGUAAUAAAGAUUGUGGUUAUUUAAAUUUCAAUCC